AACCAGAAUUAAUAUCAGAAACCGUCCGAAGCCCCCGUUGAAAGUCGUAAAUCGCGUUCGUCCCGUCAAAUCUGUGGAUCCGCGUCGAAAUCCGCCUUUGAAAGUCCGUUGGAGGCGAGUCGUCGCGAGUUCAUCGACCUUGGUUUUUUAUUGUUGUCCCUUGAUUCUGUUGCCGGCCAUGUUCCCCUCAGUAAAGAAAUGUAAAGUAAAAGGAAAGUCAAAAGUGGGACAAACUGACUGAUCGAAUAUUAUUCCGUUCCCGGUGGAAAUGUUUGAAUAAACUCGGCCAGUCGUACGACCGGAUCGGAACGCGACGACUGGAAAUUGUUCGGACUUUUUGGGGAAAAAAAUCUGUCAUAUAAAGAUGGAAACAAACGAAAGAGGUCUGAGCUUGGAAAACAACUUGGCUCUGGUCGGGCCGCAAUCUCCCCUUGACAUGAAACCCGAUACGGCAAGUUUACUGGUCGGAGGUUUCAGCCCAACUGGAGGUACAUCAGGAUCAACGAGCCCUACAACAUUCAAUAUUGGUCACAGUAGCGUUUUAGGAAAUGGAAACAAAAGCACUGUCGUAUACCCUCCUAAUCACCCUCUCAGUGGUUCAAAACAUCUCUGUAGUAUCUGUGGCGACAGAGCAUCGGGGAAACACUACGGUGUCUACAGUUGUGAAGGAUGUAAAGGAUUUUUCAAGAGGACAGUCAGAAAAGACUUGAGCUACGCAUGCCGAGAGGACAAACAAUGUCUUGUUGACAAAAAGCAAAGGAACAGAUGCCAAUAUUGUAGGUAUCAAAAAUGCCUUUCUAUGGGCAUGAAACGUGAGGCUGUCCAGGAAGAAAGGCAAAGGACAAAGGACAGAGACCAAAAUGAAGUUGAAAGUACAAGUAGCUUCCAUACUGACAUGCCUGUCGAAAGGAUUCUUGAAGCGGAGAGAAGAGUCGAUUGUAAAAUAGAAACACCUCCAAUCGACUUUGAGAAUCAAACAAAUGAGAUCUGUCAAGCGACUGACAAACAACUUUUUCAACUUGUCGACUGGGCAAAACAUAUACCCCAUUUUACUUCAUUACCCCUAGAAGACCAAAUCUUACUUCUUAAUGCGGGUUGGAAUGAACUCCUCAUAGCAGGAUUUUCCCAUCGUUCUGUGACAAUCAGGGACGGUUUGGUACUCGGAUCCGGAGUGACCAUCAAUAGGAAUAACGCACAUCAAGCUGGAAUGGGAACGAUUUACGAUCGAGUAUUAACAGAGCUCAUUGCUAAGAUGAGAGAGAUGAAAAUGGACAAGACGGAAUUGGGUUGUCUCAGAACAAUAAUUCUUUACAAUCCAGAAGUCAGAGGCCUAAAGUCAGUUCAAGAUGUAGAAAUGCUCAGGGAAAAGGUUUACGCUGCGCUUGAAGAAUAUUCUAGGAUGAGCCACCCUGAUGAACCCGGGAGGUUCGCCAAACUACUGUUAAGGUUGCCCUCGCUUAGGUCGAUUGGCCUCAAAUGUCAAGAACACCUGUUCUUUUACCGAGCCAUCGGUGACGUUUCUGUCGACACAUUUCUACUACAAAUGCUUGAAUCACCUGAAAGGCUUUAAAUUGUUAUAACACAUUGUUUCUUUUUUUAAAAAUUAUAUAUUUUUUUUAGAAUUUUACGAUCCCUGUAUAUUUUAAGGCUUUAUAAAUUCUAAACGGUUAUGGAAGCUUCGAAUCCAAUAAACCAUAGAUUACCAUGUAAUGCAAAUAAUAUACAACACUUAUUUUGUAGGACUAAAGAAUUGUGACAUGAAUUUCUCUGCACAAGAGAGUUUGGCUCAUAUUAGAUGUUUUUUCGUGAAGACUUUGUAUUAUAGAAAGUAAGAAUUAGAAACUUCUCAUUAAUUAAAUUCCUUUUUGGCUCCCAAUGAUAUUAAACGUUGGGAAAGAAAAGUUUCUUAUACAUUGAACAACUAUAAUCAUACAAUUCCAGUAUGUACCUAUAUAUUAUAUAUAAUUGUUGUUAUAAAUCUCUAAAAAUAUACGUUUUAUUUUAUUUUUACAUAAAAAUCGUUGAAUCUUAAUUAAAUGCUAUCAAUGUUAAAAGAAAAUUGUAAAAUUUUAUUGUAAUUGUUGACUGUUGUGAUUUUUAAAACUUGGCAAAUUGUACAAUUUGAUAGAUGAAUAUUUUAUUUCUUCUACAUGUUCAUCAAUGUGAUAAGCAGAAACCGAUAUGGUUUUUAUUUUGUUUUCUUUUUUUAGGUGCAGCGUAAUAAAACAUUCAUUAUUUAAUAAGUGUUUCAUAAUUAAAAAAAUAAAUAUAUAAAAUAUUAUAUUUCAAUUAUAUCUAAUUCGACCUUAAUCCUAGAAUAGUAGUCUACAUUCUCAAUCCCUUUCACAAACCAGGUAUUCAAAACAUGAUGCCCAUAAAAUUGUUCUUAUCACAUUGACUAUUAUUACAUUAUGUAAUAUAACUAAUCUUUGAAAAAAUAUUGUAAAAGUAGUCAUAAUUGUUAGUUUAACUCUUUUCGUAGUGCUGAGAUCUCAAUCUGUAAUGAUUAAAUAUUUAAAUAAAAAUUUAAAAAAACA